CCUGACAAUGAGUAUGAUCUGUUAUUGAUAGAUGGACAAAGCCACACUGCUUGCUGAAGUUAUAUGUCAAGUGAAACAAAUGAAGAAGGCUGCAACAGAAGCAAGUGAAGGUUUACUCAUUCCAUUGGAUGCUGAUGAAGUGAGAGUCGAAGCACUUGAUGAGGGUGCAAGAGAUGGAACCUAUUCCUUCAGGGCAUCUAUCUGUUGUGAUUACAGGCCUGAGCUCAUAUCUGAUCUGAGACGAACCCUCGAUGCCGUUAAGCUAACCAUUGUGAAGGCAGAAAUCUCAACCUUGGGAAGCCGGGUGAAAAAUGUAUUUGUUUUCACCAGCGGCAGAGAAAGCAACUGUAGGAAUGCUGAGUCACGGGAACUUAUUGUUAGUUCUGUUCAUCAGGCUUUGACUUCUAUCUUGGAUAAGGUUUCUGCUUCUCCAGAAUACUCGCCACGAUCAACGCUUCCAAACAAGAGGCGACGGGUUUCUUUUUUUGAUUACUCGAGCUCAUCUUCGUGAGCAUUGCAAUCGUGGUGGUGAUGAUACUGAUGUGCAUAUCAUGGUAAAUCAACUAGUAAAGCUCAUCUUCAUGAGCAUGGCAAUCUUAGUGGGGGGAUCAGUGAGCCCAUCUUUCACGUUGAAUCUAUACUUGGUAUUUAUGUAUGUAGAUUGCUAUAAAGUUACUCAAAGAGUUUGUAGUUUCUGUAUGUGGAUUUGUAUGAAGUUACUAAGUGUUGUAGAUGACUAAAUUUGUGAGUUAUAAUAUGUAAAAACACUUCAAAAUGGCCUGCUGAUGUUUAUUCUAUCUUGUGAGGCCAUAUGUAUCUCCUUCAAAAUUGCCUGCUGCUGUUUAUUCGAUAAUAUAGAAUACUUCAAAAUGGC